AAAUUUAAAUCAGGACAAAACAGUACAACCUCGGUCAUAUCUGCCUUGUUCACGACCACGUCACGAGUAACCGCGUAUUACGUUGGUAGAGUACACGAUCUCUGCAAAUACAUGUAUACGCUUUUCUCUAUAUAAACUCAUGUAUCACCGGCUGUGCCUCAUCAAGCCACAAGCCUUACCCAAUGUUUUCUUCUCCUCCUCCUUCCUCCAGCGUCUUCGUCCAACCUUCCUUCCGACCCUCUCAUCACAGAGCCUCCAAAGUCCAGAAAGUUUAUUUUCCCGGGAAAAUUGCUGCCUCUUACACUGCAACUGAAAACAGAGGAAACAGAGUAUUCACGAACAUGGCUUCUUCUUCCUCUGCUUCUCUGUACGAUGUGCUUGGGAUCUCAAUGGGUGCCAGCAGCAACGAGAUAAAAGCCGCCUACAGGAAGCUUGCGAGAACGUGCCAUCCUGAUGUGGUGGCCAUGAAUCAGAAGGAAACCUCGGCCACCGAGUUCAUGAAGAUCCAUUCUGCUUAUUCCACGUUGUCGGAUCCCAACAAGCGAGCUCUGUAUGACAGACAACUCUAUGGCCAUAAUAAUAGCAGGCCUCUCACUUCUUCAAACAUAGCUUCCAUGUCCGGAUAUCGUACCAGAUAUGCUCACUCUGGAAUGAGCUGGGAGACCGAUCAGUGCUGGUAAUCUAGUUUUGAUCUAGCAGUAGCUAUUAGCUAAUAUGUACAAAUGUCAGAAGAUUAUUAACCCAUGUUCUUUCGAAACAGAACACCGGAGGAACAUGUACAUAGUUUUGGAGCACUUGUUUUCCCAGAGUUUGCUCGUUAAUAUUAAUCAUGUUAUUGUAUAUUGUAUCCGAAGGUUCUCUGGGGAAAUGAGCUUUCCCUCUCUUAUAAGUUUUAAUGGUGAGCCCUCAAUCUAUACCAA